AUGCUCCUGUACGUGUGCCUUAUCCUACUGCCCUCUGCUGCCCUGGGCUUAUGCGACUACGCCACAGUUUGGGACUUUUUCAAUAUCCUCAACGCCAACAAUGACACGGGCAUUGACAGGGCAGAGGCUUACGCCAUAUUUGGGGUAGUAGACUUGAACAAUGACACCCGCAUUACUAUUCCUGAGGCUCAAGCAUCAUUCCCCCAAGUUGCUCCGGCAUUGGUAGGGAAAGAAGGACAGAUUGUUAAUUUUCUAGACUUCAACAAAGAUCAAGCGAUUUCUUAUGACGAUAUUGAGGAAAGCUUUGGGAGAGUUGACCUAGGCAAUGAUGGAAUCAAGUCCUGGGACGACUACAAGAUAUACCUCGCGAAGAUCUGCGGAAGUGCAAAAUCCGGGUCUUGA